CAGCUGUCCAUCAUGAAGACUCAUCCCUCAGCCAUGACCUUCAUCUCCAUGGUGAUCUGGACCCUCGUGCUGUUCUUCCAAGAGUCCAGGGGUCAGUUCACUGCGACUCAGACUCCAGCUACAUCAGCUGUUCGUCCAGGAGAAUCCGUCACUCUGAACUGUAAAACCAGCACUGGAAUUGGAACCAGAAUCAAUGGGUGUUAUGACUGUCUGUCCUGGUACCUGCAGACACCUGGAGAAGCUCCUAAACCCCUUGUGCAUUCUAUCAGCACUCGUCACUCAGGCACUCCUGGUAGAUUCAGUGGAGGUGGAUCAGACUAUGGGUCUGACUUCACUCUGACCAUCAGUGGAGUCCAGACUGAAGAUGCUGGAGUUUACUACUGCAUGGGUGUCACGUACAGUGGAGGCUGGGUGUUCACACAUUCAAAGCAGUUUGCAUCACUGUGGUACACAUUUGGAACUGGCUCUAAACUUGAUGUUGGAGUGCCCACCCCUCCCGUGCUGACGGUGUUGCCCCCCUCCCGUGAGGAGGUGUCGGCGGGGCGCAGUGCUACGCUGGUGUGUGUGGCCAGGGGGGGCUACCCCUCAGACUGGAGGCUGAGCUGGAGGCUGGAUGGGGGGGUUGAGGGGGGCGGGGAGGCCAGCGCUGGGCUCCUGGGGGAGGACGGCCUGUACAGCUGGAGCAGCAGCCUGACUCUCAGCGCCUCCCGCUGGCCCCAGAUCAGCUCAGCACACUGUGAGGCCAGCCACAGCUCCCAGAGGAGCGUCACACGCAUCCUGAGCAGAGAGCAGUGCUCAGACUAGACAGCAGUGGGAUGGGAGUGGACUCUCUCUCCUCUCUACAGUCUCUGUGUCUCAUGUGGAGAUGGAGAGGGCGCUCUGGCUUCGUCUGCUCUCCAUCCCUCCAGUCUGCCUGAUGUGUUGGGUGAUGAGUGUGUUCAUGUUCAGCUAUGAUGCUGUCCUGUUAUUCUUCAUGCUGCACCAAUAAAGAGUCUUGUUGAUGAGG